AUGACACCGUUCGAAGCAUUGUAUGGGUAUUCUCUCUCGUUGCAUGUUCCCAACUUACCGGAGGAUUCCAAGGACUAUAGGCAAUCGUUGAUUCGCGGGAAGCACCACAAAUUUGAGCCCAAAUUCUUCAAGCUGUAUCAGAUCAUGGGCAAGAUUGGUGUGGUGGCUUAUAUGCUCAAUCUACUUCGGUCUUCAACCAUACACAACGUGUUUCACGUUUCCCUCUUGAAGUCUGCACCCCGGCCUGAUUGCCAUGUACCCGAUUUACCUCCUGUUUCACACAUUACAGAUGAUGUACCUCAAGCUAUCUUGGAGAGAAAAAUGGUGAAGCGACGUAAUGAAGCCGCGACGCAAUGGCUGAUCCAUUGGUCGGGUAGAUCUCCAGUGGACGCAUUAUGGGAGUUUGCCGAUGUGAUCAAGGAAAGGAUCCCUUGGUUCCUUGUGCUCAAGGAACCUUAA